AUGGUGCAGUUGAAACAGGUCUCUCUCCGUCUGAAGUCGAUUAAGAAUAUCCAGAAGAUCACUAAAACUAUGAAGAUGGUGUCCGCCAGCAAAUUCACAAAGGCAGAACGUGAGCUUCAAGCAGCUCGCCCUUUCGGCUACGGCCCACGGAAAUUCUACGAGUCGAGUCAGUUAGUGAAGGGCGCUGUGGAUAAGAAGACGAGUGAUAAGGACGCUAAGGAACCUCCGCCCCCGGAGCAAGUUAAAGACAAACCAGAUGAAAAGGACGCUAAGACAUUGAAGAGGUUAUAUAUAGCGGUCACAUCUGAUAGAGGUAACACAAAUAUACUUGUAGUUAACUAA